AUGGUUACCGCUACGGUGACUUCCUGCCAAAUUGUGCUCCAUAUCAACAGACAAAGCUGAAGAAAUAAUCUUCACCUGGAAACGCUUAAACUAAAGUGUUGCCGUUUCUGUUCUAUAAAUGGGUCCAGACAGACGCAGCAGGUCCACAGAGUAGGCUGAGAGCAGGCAGACAUGUCGGGUCACUCAGCUGCAGAGAUGGAGGAGUCGCAGGAGCUGCCGCAGGCAAAGAAAGCCAAACUCGACUUGGAUCAUCCCAUCGACAACUGUAAUUCAAACAUUCAAAAUUCAAACGACAGCAGCCCAGGAGAUGUCUUGGGUUCAUCUCAGCAGGAAAACUCCUACUCAGCACUCUCAACGGCCCAACUGGAUCCAGUGGAGCACGAGUCGCCUGAUGGAGACGGAGCAGUGGCGUCUCAGGCCUGUGGAAACACCAUCAACUCAUUUGUUCAUUCUGCUGACGACGCAACGGCCACAUCCGAAUACACUCAAGAGGUUUAUCAGGAAAGCAACCCCGCUGUGACGUCAUACUCCAGCCAGGCGGCUUUCCCUUCACUGGCCCAAUCCACCGUAUAUUCUGCAUUUCCUCAAACAGGUCAAACCUACGGACUCCCCCCCUUCGGUGUUAUGUGGCCAGGCAUUAAAUCAGAGGCGCCCUGUGGUGGCCAGCCUGGAUUUCUCAGCUUCAGCUCCGCAUACACCUCCACCCAGCCAGGCCAGCUGCACUACUCUUACCCGAGCCAAGGCUCCAGUUUCACAACAUCUAGUGUAUAUUCCAACAUCCCAUCCGCUACAGCUCCCACCACAGCCUCCACCCCAGUGGCCCAUCAGGACUUCAGCAGCUACAGUUCCCUGGGCCAGAGUCAGUUCUCCCAGUACUACGCUCUGCCGCCCAGCUACGUUCCUGCCGGCCUGCCUGGUGGGGACGAUACCAGUGCCGGUGUCGGCGGAGCGGCUUAUUCAGCUGUGAAGUCUGAGGAGGCAGCUUCUGCUGGACUGCCCCCUAGAGAUGCCUUGCCUCCAGAGAACCUCCCCGCAGGCGCUGCUCUUCCCGCCAGUGUCUCUCUUCCUCCCGCCGCCCGAGACCAGGACGAUGUUGCACGACGGAAUUCUGUGGGUAAAGCGAAAGGAAAGGGAAAGAAACCAGAGAACUCCCAACCUGCCGACAGCGAUUUGGAGCGUGUCUUUCUGUGGGAUCUGGACGAGACGAUCAUCAUCUUCCACUCACUCCUCACAGGCACCUUUGCACAAAAGUUUGGGAAGGACCGAUCCAGUGUGAUGAACCUGGGCCUGCAGAUGGAGGAGUUCAUCUUUGAGCUGGCCGACACACACCUCUUCUUCAAUGAUCUGGAGGAGUGUGACCAAGUCCAUGUUGAGGAUGUGGCGUCAGACGAUAAUGGACAAGAUCUGAGCAACUACAAUUUCUUGACGGAUGGUUUCAAUGGGCUCAACGGUGGAGGAGCAUCGGGAACCACAACGGGGGUCCAGGGAGGCGUGGAGUGGAUGCGCAAACUGGCUUUUCGCUACCGGCGACUAAAAGAGAUCUACAACAGCUACAAGAGCAACGUUGGUGGUCUAUUAAGUCCAGUGAAGAAGGAUCUACUUCUUCGGCUGCAGUCUGAUAUUGAGAAUGUGACCGACUCCUGGCUCAGCACGGCGCUCAAAUCUCUGCUGCUCAUCCAGUCCAGAGGGAAGUGCAUGAACGUGUUGGUCACCACCACUCAGCUGGUUCCUGCUCUGGCCAAAGUGCUGCUUUACGGUCUAGGAGACGUCUUCCCCAUCGAGAACAUCUACAGCGCCACCAAAAUAGGAAAGGAAAGCUGCUUUGAACGAAUCAUCUCUCGGUUUGGGAAGAAAGUGACGUACGUGGUGAUUGGCGACGGUCGCGAUGAGGAAUUGGCAGCAAAACGGCACAACAUGCCUUUCUGGCGGAUCACCACGCACGGUGACCUCAUGUCUCUGCACCAGGCCUUAGAGUUGGACUUCCUUUAAAGAAGCGCGUCUCAUCCAGAUGACGACGCUCAUAUAUUCGGACGCUUUUGGGUCUCGCAGAGGAGGACGACUGUGAGGCGAACUGAACCGUGUUCUCAGUCGGCACCGCUAGAGUGACACUCGCGCCUCGUCUUCGGCAGCUUACCUCAAUGGCAGAACCUGGCACUGAUCUGGACACAGAAGGGAAAACCUUUUUUUUUUAUUUCAGUUUUGUUUGUACAUGUUAGGCAGAGUGCCUCUGUUUUCAUUUGUACGACGGUGACAACCAACCAAAGCUCCCUACUCUUCAUCAGCGUCCUGUUUUGCACUCGUGACUUGAACGUCCUGCAGGAUCAAGGUCACAGACCUCCAUCACUUUGGUCACUGGCACGAUGACAAACCGGCUCGUCGCUGCUGCUGCGCUCAAUAUGUCAACCAAUUUUAACUCAAGUUUUUGGGAAGUAUUUUAAAUGUAAUAAUGCUGGCUGCACAAUCUAUCGUGUCUUUUCACUCAGUGAGAAUUAGAAACAUUGUUUUUCUUAAAUCUGGUUUGCUUCUACUUCCUGUUUUUGUUGAUCUGGUGCGUCAUGCUUGAGCGAGGCUGUGAACCCGUGAUCGCCUUUUCACUUACAUUUGGUUACAUUGGUCCUGGUCCCUCUUUCUGAAUUCCUCUGCUCGUGACGUCACUUGAGAAAAGAACUGGCACUGGUGGGCAACAUCUGCUGCAGCUUGUUUAAGGCCCAUUCAACACUAAUAAUUUGGCUUAUCCGCUGUCUCUGUCCUUGUGCUGUAGCCACUCUGGUUUUACCGUUGUACUGCUGAGCAUUGGAGUCACAGACUACACACUCUACCAUGGCCUUGUCAGUCUGUAGCGCUGACCUGCACCUCCUGAGCAGUGACUUUUAAUAUCGGAAAAAUCCCCCCCUGAGCAAUCUAGCCAAGCUAUUGCAGCGAUUCACCUGUGGGAGUUAGUGACUGAAAAUGUGACGUUGGCUCUGGGAAAAAAAGGGACUUCGGAUCAUUGGUGCACAAUCCUGUUCGGACCCACUGGUACCAGACUCAUCCUACCGUCCAACACGAGCCGUGCACUCGAAGGUUAACAAGCUCAAUCCAUUGCUAAUGUUUUACACAGCCGUCGCUCUUGGUUUUAUUUGAAAUGAAAGUUAUGUCUUGAGAAGGCAUUAAAUGGUAGCAUCUUCAAGUCUUAGACAAAUGAAAAGUGUUGGUGACGAUGAGGUUAAGGGGCGACCUUCGUCUCUAGUCGGAGCAGCGGCGACCAUCAGUGAGCUCAUCACACCACUGAAGCACUGUCCCAAGUGUCCUUCCAGAGUUUUAGGGUUUUGUGUGUGUGUUCUGUUCUGGAAGCACGGCUGACGUCGCAGCCACUUUGAGGAAAGAAUAAGUGUUACAACAAAAAUGAAUCCAUGUUUUUCAAAAUCCCACAACGGUUAAUUUUUUUUUUCAAACUUGUGAUUUUUUUUUUCUUGUGUUGAAUUAUUUUCUGACUAGUGAAUAUGACAUUUGUGAUUUGGAUGACCUUUUCUGUCCUUGGCUGUGUGACUCCAGUACUUUAAGUUUAGCAUUUCUUUUUCUCUCUAAAUUCAGUGUUUCGGAAAAGUAAAUUGCAACCCAUCAACAAUUGCUUUUGAAACGUGUAGCAGCAAGUCAGUUGCCGAGUUGAAAUUAUUGGUAGUCGUACAAGUUUGUGUCAAUGUUGACUUUGACCCCGAAGAGAAGAUUUUUCUUUUUUUUGACAAUCUGGAGCUGAAUUGUUGCGAAUCAGUCGCUGGUAGUGCAGACGGGUCUUGAUCAUUUCUGCUCAGAGUUUCGGGCGGCUGACGGAAGCACUCGUGAUCUGUUGCCACUGAAUCAUUCUGAGCCUGAAGACUUUGGUUGUGACUCCAAUGCAGCUUGACCAUUAAGAAUGUUUUUGUUUUGUGUAUUUGCUUGUGAGACUUUUGCAUAUUUAUAUCGUGCCUUUAACCAGCUGUAUGAAUAAUCUCAAAAGGGAAUUAUGUAAGAUUUUUUUUUACCACUUUACUUUGUGUUGUAUUAUUAUCCAAAGUGUUACUUUUUCCUGACAACUAAAUGCAAUUUUAA